UCGAUUAUAACAAGUCGCCUCUACAGUGUCAUUUGCUUUCGCUUGGGUCCGAGCCUCAGUUAAUAAUCCACGCUUGUUUUGUACUGCCACGUCGUAACACUGCUGAGAGUGCUAUUCGAAUAAAAGUAAUUCUCACAGUAAGGAAGUCAUUCAGCCGUUCCUAUAUUUUGUUACAAUGAGCAAAAUACGGUCUGGAGUGAAAUAGACGGGUGGUAAAACAACACAUAUUUCUUGUUAUCUUGAAGAGGCCAGCCUAAAACUGUAUAAUUACUGUGUUAUCGUUCCUGUGCGAUGUUGGGGGAAAGUUUUGGUUAACAAGUUGGAUCUGAUCGUCAGCUGGGACUUAUUGCGAAUGUGUAUUGAAACGUUCAUCGCUAUCCACGGGCGCACUGCUAUGCGCCACGACUUGGUACAUUUUAUAAGACAUACCUCUUCGGACCAUUACUGCGAAGGAGCACUUUAGUUAUAAGGCCCGAUCGCUAUUUAUGGCGUUACUGAACAUCCGCGGUGAAUGGUAUUUGUACAUUUGGAUUAUAUAUCGUAAAAUCUAUUCAGCAUUUAUAUGGUUAUUCGGCAAUCAUUGCCGCGUUGAUAAGGGUCGGGCUUUGAUAAGCGCCGGUGUCGCGAGGCAGUCAAUUGGAGGCCUCCACAGAGUGCGCACGCGUCGGAGGAGACAGCAGCAUCGCAAGCACGUAGUGGCAUUAGUGAGGAGACCUUCGGUCAGACGGAUAGUUAUGGCUCCAGGGGCUACAGCACACGCUAUGAUGGAGGACAAAGAAAAGAUCCUGUCCAACGUGUCAAUGCGCAGACGCCGCAUCAGUCAAUUCGCGCCAUUAUUGAUUGCACUGGUGGGUUUGCCAGCUCGCGGUAAAAGUCAACUCGCCCAUCGUCUGUCCAGACACCUCAAUUGGAAUGGAGAAAGCACUAAAGUGUUCGACUGUAGCGAGUACCGCCGCCGUCACAUGGCGCUGUACGGCAGUCACGACAUCUUCCGCGCGGACCACCAACAGGGAUCCGCUAUCAGGAGGCAGAGCGCCCACGAGGCGGUUCAGGACGCUAUGCUCUGGCUCAAGGAAGGAAACAGCGUGGCUAUUUUCGACGGCACCAACAUAACGAGGGAGCAACGCAGGGAGUUGAACGACGGCGUCACAGACAUGGGCUUCAGAAUCCUGUUCAUCGAAUGCGUCUGCGAGGACCAGGAGCUGUUGGAGAGGAACAUCAUAGAGAUCCUGCACUACUCCGCCGAUUACAAAACUAUGAGCGAGGAAGAAGCCAUCGACGAUCUGCGGAAGAAGCUCGAGCAUUACAUGCGCCAGUACGAGCUGAUAGACGCCUCCGUGGAAAACAUCAGCUUCGUGAGGGUCGAGGACAUGGGAGAAACUGUUACCGCCCAUAGGCUGUCAGGCCAGAAGGAAUCGGCAAUACUCGGAUACCUCUCCGGGAUGAGGACGAUGCCGCAGACUAUAUACUUCACCAGGCACGGCGAGAGCGAGUACAACGUGCUCGGUCGCAUCGGUGGUGACGCGGCCCUGUCACCUCGCGGGGAGCGGUACGCCCUGGCGCUCGCCGAACACUUCAACUCGCUGGCGGAAGUGGAGCCGGUGGCAGUGUGGACCUCCGAGCUGAGGAGGACCAAGCAGACAGCGGCCGGCAUACACGCGCCCAAGAGGGCCAUACGAGCGCUCAAUGAACUGGAUGCGGGUAUCUGCGAGGGUCUGACCUACGAGGAGAUGCAGGAGCGUUUCCCCCAGGAGUUCGCGUGGCGCGACCAGGACAAGCUCCGCUAUCGGUAUCCCUGGGGCGAGUCCUACAUUGACAUCAUGACCAGGUUGAGACCAGUCCUGGCCGCGUUGCAGGAAGAACAUAACGUGGUAGUGGUCGGACAUCAGGCUGUACUGAGGUGCAUGCUGGGCUACUUCUUGGACGCCAAGCUCGACGAGCUGCCUUAUAUGAAUGUUCCACUGCACACCAUCGUCAAGCUGACUUCCUACGGCUACAAAUACAACAUAGAGAUGAUAAAGAUGCCCAUCGACUGUGUCGACACGCACAGAGUUCAGCCCAAAAACUGUUCAAUCAACCGCACGCCCGACGAAGCUCUGGUGACGGUUCCCUCUCACUACGACACCCUGCCGUCCAACCUCUGGCAGAGCUCUGAGACACAGAUGUAGGGCUUCGGUGCCGGACCAAGGUCCGAGCUCACUAUCCAGGACUGGGGCUCCCAGUCGAAGGAGCUAAGUACGUGGUUGUGAAAAACCGCGGAAGAUUGCGGCAGAACUGAUCGUCGAACGCCAUCUAGCGAUCGAACAGUGAACUAUGAUGUGUUUAAUAUGGUACAGACUUUAUAAGACUGAGUGGAUUCAAACAGAAUCAGAUCCAGAGAUGGCGGCGAGGGGAUGUGUUCGCGGUAUAAUAAUAAGUAGAUUAAAGGCGAUCGUCAAUUUGAAUAUCCAGUACUGUUAUAAGUUUUCUAUAUUAUUAUAUUUUUUAUAAAUAACGUAUCAGUAAUGUAAUGUUAAAUGUGUCAUUUAUAUUUUUUUUUUCAUUAAGGUUACUUUUAUAGGUGACUAGUUACAUUGUAAUUGUAACGAGGAUACGUAUAUUUUUUUUUAACUAAAUUUAACUAGUUUUCUAAGUUGACAGCCACAAUUUUCAUGAAGUUUCUAUAACGUGUAAGGAGGUUGAGUUGUUAGUGAACACGGAUAGGUUUGACAUGUUUGUUAAUUUUAUUAUCUGUAGAGGAGAUAAAUAGUAAAUAUUUUAUAGCACUGUUUAUUUAAUAGUAAAGAUAAUCGGCACAGAUCGACGUAAUUAGGGGUUUCUUAAAAUAUCUAGUUGUAAUGAAAACAAUAAUACUUGAGUAUUGAUGAAGCAAUUUCUAGAGUAAAUGUUGAGCCUUAGAGCUGACAUGACAAGAAAUAAAGGAAUUAUUUGUAAGUUUUUUGUAAUAAAAUACUUUUCUGAUGACAA